AUGGUGCUGCAGAAACACCUGGAGGCUCUUAGCGUCUUCCAGUGGGUCCUCACCUUCUUCUUCUUUGGUAAGUUGGGUGGGUGGGAGAGGGGCAGGGGGUGCUCAGGGAAGAGGGGCAGCUUGGCCUCCUCCUCUUCCUGGGGCCAUGGCCCUUGGGAUGUCCUCUGGCAGGCCAGGCCCCUGUAAUAAACUUAAAUCUUCCCUUAUUUCCUUAUGGGGGACACAAGAGCCCUUAGAGAGUCCUUUGCAGGUUCUCCAUCAGUCGGAGAAAAGAACAGAGGCCAACCAGAGAAUAUUGAGAAGCAAAGCAGCUAGUAAGCCUGAUCUUUAUUGAACUGUUGCAACAGGGUGCCCCCUUCACACGCAGGAGGAGGAGGACCCCAAACCAAGGUGUGGUCGCCUUUAUAUAGACAUUUUAAAUUGGCCGCCCUGGAGUCCAAGACCACCCCCAGAUACAUCAUGCCUACAUCGCAGAAAGGGCGGUCUACAGCAGAAAUCUGAGUGCGUUGUUUACCUCCUGUCUGGCAGGUUACCUGUUAAUGCUCACUUGAUUGGAUACCCUGGGGAGCCUGGCCAGUCUUUCGUGGUGACAAAUGCUUAGUUCCUGGGCCAGGUCACAGGCUCACACCCUAUUCAAACACAGACAUACCCUUAAGACAGGAUUUGUGAAGGAAAAGACAAUGGGGUGGCUUUUCCAUUUUCCUUCAACCUUGCAGAGAAAUCGUUUGGUCAGUUUGGGGGUCAAAAUGGUUUCCAGGCUGUUUUCCUGUGCUGCUUCAGACAUGUGAUUCAUAUAUUUAUGUACGUGUUUGAUUGGUACAUUUAUGAACAUUUAUUAUAUAUAUAAGACCUUAAUUUUUUUAAUUUCACAUCCUUCCCCCCAAAGCCAAACCCCCUCUUUUUUUCAAAGCACCUUUCCGCCAGGUGUGCCUGGACUAGGGAGUCAGCACCGCAGGGGGUUGGGCUAGAUGGCCCUGGGGUGCCCCUUCCAACCUAAAAUGUUCUUCUGGGUUUAGGGGGGCUUCAGAUCAAACCCUCGGGGGUCCCGUGAAAUCGGGGUUGUGGUCCCAGGCAGGGCCUCUGAAUCCCAGUGAGGGGGAAGCGCUGCUCUUGCGCUCAGAGUUGGGUGAUAAAUCGAUAUAUCAUCCAAAACCGGUUUGAAGUCCACAUUGUGAUAUUAGUUUUUAAAAAAAAUAAAUUUAUUUGGUUUUUCAAAUCAGAAUUUUGCAAUGACAUAUGCAGCAUACAACAUAAAAACAAGAUUCCACAGAAUCUCCAGGACUUCUUCCCUCCCCCCCCCCCCCAGGUCCCUUCUUCUCCGUUCUCCUGGCCUACCUGCUCUUCACCUCCUUCUGGCCUGUCAGCGCCCUGUAUUUCGCCUGGUGGAUCUUCGACUGGGAUACGCCAGAGAGAGGUGAGUUCGAUUCUCCCCAACCAGGGCCGGAUUGGGGUUUGAUGAGGCCCUAAGCUACUGAAGGUGAUGGGGCCCUUUAUAUGUCCAGCUGUCUUUUGUUCACAACAAAUUGUCACUGUUUUUUGUGUUGAAUAUAUGCUAUAUGGUAAUUGAUGGACCUCAUAGGUAUCUAAAGCCAUGCAAACAGUCCAUGCAGAUCGUAAGGUAAAGGGACCCCUGACCGUUAGGUCCAGUCGUGGCCGAUUCUGGGGUUGUGGCGCUCAUCUCGCUUUACUGGCCGAGGGAGCCGGCAUACAGCUUCCGGGUCAUGUGGCCAGCAUGACUAAGCCGCUUCUGGCAAACCAGAGCAGCGCACGGAAACGCCGUUUACCUUCCCGCCAGAAUGGUACCUAUUUAUCUACUUGCACUUUGACGUGCUUUCGAACUGCUAGGUGGGCUGGGGCUGAGACCGAGCAACAGGAGCUCACCCCGUCGCGGGGAUUUGAACCGCCGACCUUCUGAUUGGCAAGUCCUAGGCUCUGUGGUUUAACCCCCAGCGCCACCCGCGUCCCAGAUGCAGAUCGUAGGUACCCUAUAUAUAGAAAUGAGCAAACCAGGGAUAAUUAAGGGAACAGGCUAGCAGGCGGGGCCCGUGACUUACAUCACAGGAGCCUACACAACACAAAACACUCUUCCUGUAGGUAGGUUUUAUUUUAUUUGUUUUUUAUCUUAUAUUUCGGAUAUGUACAUCCAGGUUUUUUUCCUUUAAUUUUUUUGGGGCCCCCAAGGGAGUGGGGCCCUAAGCUAGAGCUUGUUUAGCUUAUAGGUAAAUCCGGCACUGCCCCCAACCCUACCCGGAGGUCAGGUGAAAGGCGCCUCUCCUUGUCUGAGAAGGGUGCUGAGCCCCACACCCAGACCCACACAGCUGGAGCUGCUGCCUCGCCCUGCCCCUCCUCCUGCAGCUCACCCCCUUCCACUGGGGCAGCUUGCAACCAUCCCAAACCUGUUUUCCUCACUGCUAUUUACUAUUAGCUAUUUUCCAAGACAGUUUCCAAUAAAUGACACAAUGGCAGAAGGCAUUUCAUCUCUCUCUCUCUCUCUCUGUAUGGAGGGCAGAAAAAUCAGCUGCAUUUAUUUAUGUAUUUAUCAUUACUUAUUAAAUUUUGCUAUAAAAACACACACAAAAUCCUGUAAUUGACACAAAUCAAAAGAACCCUCCCCAAAAUAUAACAUGGAAUCAGAGUUGGAAGGGACCCCAAGGAGCAUCUUGCUCCUCAUUAUUGAUUGAUUAUAAUUUUAUUUAUACCCUGCCCAUCUGGCUGGGCUGCCCCAGCCACUGUGGGCAGCUUCCAACAUACACACACAAUAAUAAUAAAACAUCAAGUAUUAAUAGUAACAAUCAGAUCUUACAUAAAAAGUCACAAUAACUUUGAAAUAACUUACACCAAGUAAAGCAAUAUGCAAUAAUCCAUUAGAAUCUAAUAAUAAACACUAAAAUUAAACAUCAGCACGUCAUAAUUAAAUGAAUUUUUAAGCAGAGGUCGGGUUGUCACCUGCCAGGGAUUCCUCAGCUGCGAUUCCUGCAUUGCAGAGGGUUGGGCUGGAUGACCCCUGGGGGUCCCCUUCCAACCCCACAGUUCUCUGACUCCGUCCCCUGCCUGAACCUUUGCCUUUGCAGGUGGGCGCCGCAGCGACUGGGUGAGGCGCUGCAGAGUCUGUGAGUUCCACCGGGAUUAUUUCCCCAUCAAGGUAUGAGAAGGGGCUGGCAGGGCUCCUGAAGGAUGCUCAGGGUCUCUGGAACCCCCGGAGACCAGGUCACAGAGGAGCAGGAGGCGGCGGCCGUCAAAGGCUGCUGGCCUCUGAAUGUGACAUUCAGGUGGGGGUCCAAAUGCCAAAGGACUCGCCCCUCUUGCCUUGCAGCUGGUGAAAACAGCCGAGCUGCCCCCGACACGGAACUACGUCCUGGGCUCCCACCCCCACGGGAUCAUCUGCGCGGGUGCCUAUUCCGCCUUCUGCACCGAGGCCACGGGCUUUUCCCGCACCUUCCCUGGCCUCCGCCCCAGCCUGGCCGCCCUCACAGGGUUGUUCCGCAUACCAGUCUACCGGGAGUACAUGAUGAGCUCAGGUGAGGCCAACGGGGCGAGGAAUGGUGGGGGUGGGGAAGUGGGGUGACCCCUCCCCUAAGGACCAUCUUCAAGAACCCUGCCUGGCCCAUCCAAUGGGAGGAACCACCCCAGUCUCAGUCUCAGGAAUGCCUUCCCAGAGCCCCUGGGAAUAGAAUUCCCCAGCAAAAAUGUCUGUUUUUCCUGCCAUUCUUGCUCCUGUGCAAAUGAAAAGGGGCGUUUGUUUGUGCAAAUGAUGAUGGUGAUGAUAAUUAUUAUGUAUACCCCACCCAUCUGGCUGAGUUUUCCCAGCCACUCUGGGUGGCUUCCAACAGAAUAUUAAAGACACGAUAAAACACCAAACAUUAAAAACUGUUAGGAUAUUUCCGUUCCACCUUAAAAGGGAGCAGGCUGUGAGUCACAGAGUCUGCGUAUUUCCUGUUCACAGGAUGUUUAUGUUUUCUGUUGCUUUCGUUUUCUCUCUGUGUCGUAGACACUGAAGCAGGCAGUCAUGUUUUUCUGUGUUCUGAUCAAUGCUGAAUAAACUUGUAAAUAAUGCUCUCCUGAGUGCAACUUUUGGCUGUGCAUUAUCUGCUGAUAGAGCGUGCAUGAGCUCUGGAAUGUGGCAAGAUAUUUUCUAGAAACUCAUGUCGCUGCGUGCCUACGGGAGGUCGAUGGAUCGUCCGGCAGACGGCUUGGGGGCCUUGAUGGACUUUAUCUCCCUGGCAGUAUCCCAACAACAGGUUUCGGGCCCAGAUUCACAGCACUUACAGGAGAGUAAGACUGCGACAGACUGCUGAAAGGUAUGUGGGAAAAGCGAAAGUGAGGCUUUUCUGUUUGCCGCGGCAAGAGCUUUUGAUGUCCGGCAGGCCUAAUUGGUCUGGGAGUCGAGCCCAGCAGGCCUCAAGAUUUAUGAGCUGCCAAGAUAAGACGUCUCUGAAGUGAAUAAGACUCAUGGCUCAAAUAAAAAGCUGGAAUGGAGUUCUUCCAAGCUUCUGAGGCUGCUGAGUGCCCAAAGCUAAAUCGGCACAACUAUCAGACCUGGGCAAAAUGGUGUGAGAGUUUGCUGCGUCAGUUUGGAGUGUGGCAUACUGUGUGUGAGGCCCCUCCAGUUCCUCUGACAGAUAGAUGGAAGGCCGAAAAUUCGAAGGCCAUUGACCUAAUAGUCUUGUCCGUCUCUCUGGAGGAAAUUAAAACGCUUGCUGGCAACACCACUGCACGUAAGAUGUGGAAUGCUUUGAAAGUAGCCCAUCUGCCAGUCAUCCCAGCCCAGAGUUUGACUGCAUCGGAGGUCCUGGCUGUUUCCCAGAAUGAGAGUGAAUGCAGGGAUGCCGAGGGCACCGGUUGCAAGCUGCAGGGGGAGCUGACUGUCACAUCAUCCCAGGCAGCAUUCCAGCCUCCAGGGGGAGCCAAGGAGUCGGCAGCUGAGAACUCUGUUUCUCAUGGGAGCCAAGGUCAUCGCCUUUGCAGAGGCCGGAAGGGCAAAGGUAAACAGAGGCAGAUGCCUGCAGAUGGCCAGAAGCAGAGGGAGGGUGAAGAGCCCACGCCAGAGGAAAACAAGGCUUUGUUUGCUGGCACAGCUUCACCAAAGGCUAAAGGCAAGUCUGAUGGCCAGGAGCAGGGGGGCAAGCAGCAAAAGCCCACGCCAGUGGAAAACAAGGUUUUGUUUGCUGGCACAGCUUCACCAAAGGCUAAAGGCAAGUCUGAUGGCCAGGAGCAGGGGGGCAAGCUGCAAAAGCCCACGCCGGUGGAAAACAAGGUUUUGCUUGCUGCAAAGGCUGCUCCAAAGGCCAAAGCCAGAUUUGUUGUAGAUUCUGGUGCAUCAAGGCACAUUGCCAACAAUCGGCACCUGUUUAUCUCCUUCACGCCUCAAGAAGGUGAGAUCCACCUGGCUGAUGGAAAGACGUUGCGAAUCGCAGGAGAAGGUACUGGGAAACUGGCAAGUCUGCACACGACCAUCAAAGAUGUACUGUAUGUUCCAGGCGCUGCAGACAAUUUGCUCAGUGUCCCACAGCUGACUGGGCGUGGCUUUGAGAUUUCCUUCAAGAGGAGCGUCUGUGUCAUCAGAAAAGGCAAAGAGGACAUUUUGCAUGCAAAGUUUAUGGAUGGCUUGUUCUGUAUAACUUAUGAGGACAUUGGUGCUGUUGUGUCUAAUGUUGAUUCUUGUUGUGUUGCACAAACUAACAAAGUUCUUCAUGCAGGAUGCAUUCACGAUGCACACAGAAGGUUUUGUCACCUCUCUUGGAAGGAACUGGCCAAGAUGCCAGAGAUGGUUGAGGGUUUGAACAUCAAACCCUGUAAGUUUCACAUGAAAUGUGUAUCUUGUGCAGAGAACAAGGUGAAGGUUGCUCCAAAAGGCAAGGAGUCUAGCAGGCAGGCUUCCAAACCCUACCAGCUAGUCCACGCAGACCUGGUUGGUCCACUUGCGCCCUCUUUGGGUGGAGCAAGGUACUUCAUGGUUCUAAUUGACUCUUUUUCCAGGUACAUUCAUGUGUUUAUGCUCGAGCAGAAAUCGCAAGCGUUUCCUAAGUUCAAGGCAUUCUGUGCUUGGUUGGAGAAUGUUCACGGUAAACGCAUUGGCUGUCUGUUUACUGAUCGAGGCGGGGAGUUCACUUCUCAGCAGUUUGAAGCUUUCCUGACUGAGAAGGGAAUUCAGCAUGACUUGUCAAUGCCUAGAUCGCCAUGGAUGAAUGGACUUGCGGAGCGAGCAAAUCAAACGUUGCUGCAAGGAAUGAAAACAUUGUUGCAUGAUGCCAAUCUCCCUGAUAAGUAUUGGGGGGAGGCUCUGUCGAAUUUUGCUUACACUUAUAAUUGCAGAUUGUCAUCACCUAUUGGUUGUACCCCUAUGAGAAGAUGUUUGGUAAGAAACCCAACAUCAAGCACAUGAGAAUCUUUGGUUCUGACAUGUGGGUACACACCCCACAAAGCAACAAGCUUGGGAAGCGUGGGGCACAUGGUUUGUUCAUGGGGUACGAAAAAGGUGCAUACAGGGUGUGGAUGACCGACUCUAAGUCCAUUAAGUUCACAAAGAGUGUUGAGUACAAUCCUAAGUGGGGGGGAAAUGUGGGAAUUUUCCAGAGUUACCCAGAGGAGGAUGAAGGUGAUGUCAAAGAAGCAGCUAAAGCUGAGGAAGCUGCUGAGGAUGAUGAUGAUGAUGAUGAUCAGAGUUCGGAUUCCAGUUCAGUGGGUGGCGCUGCUGCUGGUGUCAGUGACAGUGAUGACACAGCAGACUACAAGAGCGCAAAGGCCUCAGUCAGACCAUCUGAUGCGUCUGACAAUGAACUGGAACAACCACUGUUCACCAUUGGUCAUUUUUCUCCUAAGAAGGAGGAGAUGAGUCCAGAAGACUUGCGUCUAGUACGCAGAUCUGAGAGAGCCACAAAGGGCAGACCUCCAAAGAGAUUUGCUGAUGAGUUUGCUAAGACAGCAACUGCUGUUCUUAGUAGCUCAGAGAAGGUAUGGGAACCUUCAAGCUUCAAAGAGGUUCAGGAGUUAACCUCUAAAGAUGCUGAGCCUUGGCUUAAUGCCAUGAAGGCUGAAGUUGAUUCCUUGAACAGGAACCAAACUUGGGAGUUGGUACCAGUAGUCCCAGGAAUGAGACUGGUUGGCAGCAAAUGGGUCUUCAAGGCCAAGACAGACCAGAAUGGCAAGGUAGUUAGACACAAAGCCCGAUUGGUUGCCAGAGGUUUUUCACAGGUACCAGGACAGGAUUACCACGAGACCUACUCUCCCACAGUCAAGUAUGAGAGCAUUCGGCUGAUGCUCAAGAUUGCUGCGGAGGAGAAACUGCAUGUUUCCCAUCAUGACAUUAAUACAGCUUUUUUGUACGGGAUUUUGAACGAGGAGCUGUUUAUGCUUCCACCUGACGGGAUGCAGAUACAGAAGGGAAUGGUCUGUAAACUGCGGAAAUCCUUAUAUGGUCUCAAGCAGAGAAAGAUAGUUGGAUACCUCACCAAGAUCCUUCAUGUCAAAGUGCUCCUUCAGCUGAGCUAGGGUGCUUUGGUAUGAAGCCUGAUUCUUCCAAAACAUCAGAAGAUCAUCAACAAAACAUAAACAAUACAGUUUGUUUUGCCCCUCCUCCUUGACAAACACACAUGGAUCAGCUUUGCCCUGGUGAAAACCUAGAGAAAGCAAUGUCUCAGUGAGUUUUGUGUUCCAACACCUGGCAAAGGGGCAGCUGAUCCAUGUGUGUUUGUCAAGGAGGAGGGGCAAAACAGGGCACCCUUCAGAUGUCUCCUAAAAGUAAGAUACCGUAGAUUCUGGCAUAUAAGACGACUUUUUAACACCGGAAAAUUCCCCAAAAAGUCAGAGGUCGUCUUAUAUGCUGGGUAUGGGUUCACCGGGCAGCGGCAGCGAGUGGCAGGCUCUAUGCCGGGAGGAAGCUGCCCAGCAAUGCUAAGCUGGCUUUGCUGGGGGGCUUCCUCCUGGUGUGGAGUGGAGCCCGCCGCCCACUGUUGCUGCCCAGCAAAGCUGCCGCGUAUAAGACUGGCCAUAUAAGUCAACCCCCCGAAUUGGCAGCUGCCCAGUCGCCUAAUACACCGUAAUCUACGCUAAUUGUUUUUUCUUUUGACAUCUGAUGGGAGGUCGUUCCACAGGGCGGGCACCACUACUGAGAAGGCCCUCUGCCCUGUAGCUUCACUUCUGGCAGGGAGGGAACCGCCAGAAGGCCCUUGGCUCUGGACCUCAGUAUCCAGGCUGAACGAUGGGGGUGGAGAAGCUCCUUCAAGGUAUCCUGGACCGAGGCCAUUUAGGGCUUUCAAGGUCAGCACCAACACUUUGAAUUGUGCUCAGAAACGUACUGGGAGCCAAUGUAGGUCUUUCAAGACUGGUGUUAUGUGGUCUCCCAGUCACCAGUCUGGCUGCUGCAUUCUGCAUUAGUUGUAGUUUCCGGGUCACCUUCAAAGGUAGCCCCACGUAGAGCGCAUUGCAGUAGUCCUGGCGGGAGAUAACCAGAGCAUGCACCACUCUGGCAAGACAGUCUGCAGGCAGGGAGGGUCUCAGCCGGUGUACCACAUGGAGCUGGUAGAAAGCCGCCCUGGACACAGAACUGACCUGCGCCUCCAGGGACAGCUGUGAGUCCAAAAUGACUCCCAGGCUGCGCACCUGGUCCUUCAGGGGUACAGUUGUCCUAUUCAGGACCAGGGAGUCCCCCACACCUGCCCGCCGCCUUUGCCCCCCAAAACAGUAGUUCUGUCUUGUCAGGAUUCAACCUCAAUCAGUUAGACACCGUGUCUCCUCCAACCACUUCCAGACGCGCUGAUCCUUUGCCAGCGACCCUUUUGCCCUUUAACCAACUCGCAGAAUUUCGGAGUUGUAGGAGAAUCGCGAGGGUCCUCUAGUCCAACCCUCCGCAAAGCAGGGAACCCCUGGAGAUGUUUCACACCCACAAGAAUGUUUGCUUUCUCCCACUUCCAGGGAUGGUCCCAGUCAACAAAAGGUCCCUGGACUUCCUCCUGAGUGGUCCCCCCGGGCACGCGGUGGCCAUCGUGGUGGGGGGCGCGUCCGAGUCCCUGGACAGCGCCCCCGGAGAGCAUUGUGUCCGCCUUCAGGGGAGGAAGGGCUUCGUGCGCUUGGCGCUGCAACACGGGUAGGGGCACCAAGGGGUCCGGGGGGGGUCCGGGGGGUGUGUGUUAGGCGCAGGUCAGCAAUAUCUCGGGCCUAGUGAGCAUGGCAGUGCUUCCUGGUGGAUUUUGCCCCAAUGAAGCAAUUGCAAGAACAGAAGGUCCCUGUCCUUCCUAUGGAAACUGCCAAAUGACGUGACGUUGCAUCUCUCUCAGUUCCCCUGGGACCUUUCCUUGCGUUCCCAUGCCGGGCCGUUCCCUUAAUCUGGUUGCCCGGGGCAACGGUCUUGGAGGCAUUCUGUGCAGCUUCCUUGGGACUGUUUACGCAGGUGGGUCUCCGAGCCACAACGAUAACGUCUCGUAGCAAAAGCCUUCACGGUGUCCUCUUUCACUGCCCCCCACUCUUGCAAGCAGGACUGCCUGGGCCAGCGCGUGCCCCUCUCUCUGCCGAUGUUCCUCCUCAUCGCAUAGGCGACCCGAGACAAACUGCAACGUUAGGUCGGCAGGGGGCAUGGCUUCUAGAGUUAGGCACAAAUUGUCAUAACUCUUGUCUAGUGAGCUCAGAAGAAUGUAAACUUUCAAAUCUUCUGGAAAAUUCACGUUUAACUGUUUCAGUCGGUUAAACACAGCCACCAUUUUUGUCACAUGUUCUCUGAUGCUGUCCCCCGGACGUAGCCUCAGCUCAAACAAACUUCUGGCGACAUUGAUUUUGGCUCCUGCUGUGGUUCUGUGAUGGACCCUCUCAAGAGUCUGCCACAUCGCCUGGGCGGCUGACUCCAUAACCUGUGAGUUAUGAGCCAUAACCUGUUUUGUUGAACGUCUGUUUCGACUGCAAACAGCUGAAGUGCUUUGGCGUCCAGCACUCUUCCGAUACGCCGCUCUGCUCCUCCUGGCUUAAACAGAGCAUAACAGAUAGCGUGUGUGUGUGUGUGUAGGAAUCUGAGCCAUGCAGAGAAACCCUCAUACACAGCUCCUUCUAAUCUAAGAAGCGAUUUAUUGUACAGCAGCAAAAUAAAUCAACGACCCGGGAGAGCGCAGCGACAUGCUGUCUCUCCCUCUCUCAAAACAGAAAGUAAAUUCUUCCUCCUCGCAGGGCUGACCUGGUGCCCGUUUACACCUUUGGGGAGAACGACAUUUACCGACAGAUCCGGUUCCCUGACGGCAGCUUCGUUCGCCGCCUCCAGCUCGGUUUCAAGCAGCUGACCGGCUUGGCCCCUUGUCUCCUCAGCGGGAGGGGCCUCUUCUCCAGCACCUCUUGGGGGCUCCUGCCCAUGGCUGCUCCCCUCACGGUGGUGGGUAAGGACCCACAAGGCUCCCUGUUCCUUCCUUAGCCUUCGCCCUGCACCCCAAAAUCUCCCCAACUCACCAACCUGAUUGCAAAGAGCCACAAACUCUUCAGCAUCGUAUAAAACAGCAGGUUCUGGUGCAUCUCCCUUUCGCCCUCUCCUAGAACUGAAUCGGAGACCUGUGGAGUUGAAUGGGACCCCCAAGGGUCAUCUAGUCCAACCCCUCUGCAAUGCAGAAAUCAAACGAGCCGCCUCGUUUUAUGGGGCUUGCUAUGGAGGGAGCUGCCAUUGUGUGCGUGCGUGCACACACACACCGACUUCCUUCUCCCCUUCCUUGGAGGUUUCUAAGCAGAGGUUGGUUGGCCAUUAAUCAAGGGGUUGGGCUAAAUGACCCUUGGGGUCCCCUCCAUUCCUGCACCUAAGCCACCCCUAAAACCCAAGGCCAGGGUGCAAAGCUGCUGGGGUGGGGAGGCCCUGGCUGCCAUGGGGUGGGGGCGAGGGGCGGAGCAGACCCCCCAACCGCCCAUGUUUCCUCUCCCUCCUGCAGUGGGGACGCCUAUCCCAGUCCCGCUCCACCCGCGCCCCACCGAGGACGAGGUGAACAGCUUCCACGCUCUCUACGUCGAGGCCCUGAAGGAGCUCUUCGAUGCCCAUAAAGAAUCCUGCGGCCUCCCGGCCUCCCAGCAGCUCCUCAUCACCUAG